AUGAGCAUUGAUGUAAAACUUUUAGCAGAUCUCACUGGAAAAAGUGUUGAGGAAACACUUUACAGAAGUAUGAUAAGAAGUCUUAUGUACCUCACUGUAAUCAGAUCUGACAUCUCCUUCAGUGUUGGUGUGUGUGCUCGGUUUCAAGCCAAUCCUAAGGAAUCACAUUUAACUGUUGUCAAACGCAUCAUCUGUUAUGUUAAUGGUAUUGUGAAUUAUGGGAUUUGGUAUUCCAGGAACACCAACCUAAACUUGGCAGGUUACUCUGAUGCUGACUGGGCGGGUUGUGCUAAUGAUAGAAAGAGUACCUUAGGUGGAUGCUUUUAUGUGGGAACCACUCUGGUGGCUUGGCUAAGCAAGAAACAAAACUUUAUAUCUUUCUCCACAGUAGAAGCUGAGUACAUUGCUGCUUGA